GGCUGCCGCGUGCGCAGCGAGGGGCCGGAGGCAGAGCCGAACGAGUUGGGAGCGGUAACGCGCGAGUCCCGCGGCCGCGUCGCGGGGCAAACGAACGGGACGGUAAAAGCCGCGUCUGCGGGGCGGGAGGAGGGAGCGGCGGGGGCGACUCCGUCAGUCCCCUGAAGGGGGCACGAGCGGCGACAUGGCGGUGGGAGCGGGGCGCAUGUCUGCCACCUCCCCGCCCCCGCGCCGCGAGGGGAGGGGGGCAGCGCGGCGCCCGGCCAGCGCUCGCCUGGGCUACGCGGGGAGGCGGCUCGGCGCGGCGCGGCCCGGCCCGCCAGCAGCCCCGGCAGCGGGCCGCGGCGCGGGGAGCGCGGGGCCGGGGCCCGCCCGGCGGCGGCGGCGGCGGCGGCGGCAUGGCGCGCCCGGCGGAGACGGAGUGGCAGCGCGCCGAGAUGGUCUCUAGCGAGCCGCUGCUGCUGCCGGUGUCACUGGAGGGCGAGUUCUCCACUAGCAUGAAGGAGAUGAUCGGCGGCUGCUGCGUGUGCUCCGACGAGAGGGGCUGGGCCGAGAACCCGCUCGUCUACUGCGACGGGCACGGCUGCAAUGUCGCAGUGCAUCAAGCUUGCUAUGGAAUUGUUCAAGUACCCACUGGACCCUGGUUCUGCAGAAAGUGUGAAUCUCAGGAAAGAGCGGCCAGAGUGAGAUGUGAAUUAUGCCCUCAUAAGGAUGGUGCUUUAAAGAGAACAGAUAAUGGGGGUUGGGCUCAUGUGGUUUGUGCUCUGUACAUUCCCGAGGUGCAGUUUGCGAAUGUCGCUACAAUGGAACCUAUUGUGUUGCAGUCCGUUCCUCAUGAUCGUUAUAAUAAGACUUGCUAUAUCUGUGAUGAACAAGGCAGAGAAAGUAAAGCAGCCACUGGUGCAUGCAUGACAUGUAAUAAACACGGAUGUCGACAAGCUUUUCAUGUAACAUGUGCACAGUUUGCAGGACUUCUUUGUGAAGAAGAAGGCAAUGGUGCAGAUAAUGUCCAAUACUGUGGCUACUGUAAAUACCAUUUUAGUAAGCUGAAAAAGAGCAAACGGGGAUCUAAUAGGUCAUAUGAUCAAAGUUUAAGUGAUUCUUCCUCUCACUCUCAGGAUAAACAUCAUGAGAAGGAGAAAAAAAAAUAUAAAGAGAAAGAUAAACACAAGCAAAAAUAUAAGAAGCAGUCGGAGUCCUCACCGUCCUUGGUUCCAUCUCUUACUGUAACUACAGAGAAAACUUACACAAGCACUAGCAACAACUCCAUGUCAGGCUCCUUGAAGCGUCUGGAAGAUACUACGGCUCGAUUUACAAAUGCAAAUUUCCAGGAAGUUUCUACACACGUUUCAAGUGGAAAAGAUUCUUCAGAGGCUAGAGGGUCAGAGAGCAAAGGGAAGAAAUCUGCAGGUCACAGCUCGGGUCAGAGGGGAAGAAAGCCUGGUGCUGGAAGAAAUCCAGGAACAACUGUGACUGCAGCUAGCCCUUUUCAGCAAGGAAGCUUUUUGGGCACUCCUGGGAGCAUAAAGUCAUCUUCUGGAAGUUCAGUUCAGUCUCCCCAGGAUUUUUUGAGUUUUACAGAAACAGAUCUGAGAAGUGACAGUUUCACUCAUUCUCAACAGGCUUCGUCAACCAAAGAUGUACAUAAAGGAGAGACUGGGAGUCAAGAGGGAGGUGUCAACUGUUUCACUUCCUUAAUUGGUCUCCCUUCAUCAUCAGCUGUUUCCCAAUCUAAAAACUUUGACAGCUCACCUGGAGACAUAAGUAAUUCAAGCCUUACUUCUACAGCAUACAAAAGAGCUCAAACUUCUGGAAUAGAAGAGGAAACUGUAACAGAGAAGAAACGGAAAGGAAAUAAGCAAAGUAAACAUGGGCCUGGUAGACCCAAAGGAAAUAAAAGUCAAGAAAAUAUUUCCCAUCUUUCAGUUUCUUCCGCUUCCCCAACUUCAUCUGUGGCAUCUGCUGCAGGAAGUGUGACAAGCUCUGGUCUUCAAAAAUCUCCAACUUUGCUCAGGAAUGGAAGUUUACAAAGUCUUAGUGUUGGCUCAUCUCCAGUGGGUUCAGGUAUUUUUAGCAGCAAUGAUGUAGCAGUAUCAUUUCCAAAUGCAGUAUCUGGCUCAGGAUCUAGCACUCCCGUUUCCAGUUCUCAUUUACCUCAGCAGGCUUCAGGCCACUUGCAGCAAGUGGGAGCUCUAUCACCUUCAACUGCGCCUUCUAUAACUACUGUUGUUGCUGCAACUCAGGCAAACACCCUACCUGGAUCAUCUCUCAGUCUGCCUCCAUCCCAUAUGUAUGGCAAUAGGCUGAAUCCAAAUUCAGCAAUGGCAGCACUUAUAGCUCAGUCUGACAACAGCCAAGCAGAUCAAGAUGUGGGAGAUAACGGCCGCAGCCUUGCUGGCAGAGGAGGCUCGCCCAGAGGAAGUCUCUCGCCACGAUCCCCUGUAAGCAGCUUGCAGGUCCGCUAUGACCAAUCAGGAAACAACUGUGGGGACAGUUUGCCCCCGGUAGCAGCCAGCAUAGAACAGCUGCUGGAGAGGCAAUGGAGCGAAGGACAACAGUUCUUACUGGAACAAGGCACCCCCAGUGACAUUUUAGGAAUGCUUAAAUCAUUGCACCAACUUCAGGUUGAAAACAGGAGGUUGGAAGAGCAGAUCAAGAAUCUGACUGCAAAAAAGGAACGGCUUCAGCUUCUCAAUGCACAGCUUUCGGUGCCCUUUCCAACACUGACUUCAAAUCCCAGCCCUUCUCAUCAAGUACAUGCCUUUCCUGUGCAAGCAGCACCUAGCACGGAUUCCUUGAACAGCAGUAAAAGCCCUCAUCUGGGAAACAGUUUUUUACCGGACAAUUCUCUUCCCGUGUUAAAUCAGGAGAUAACCUCCAGCGGACAAAGCACCAGCAGUUCAUCAGCUCUUUCCACUCCACCACCUGCUGGGCAGAGUCCAGCUCAGCAAGGCUCAGGAGUCACGGGAGUUCAACAGGUCAAUGGUGUGACAGUGGGGGCACUAGCUAGUGGUAUGCAGACUGUAACCUCCACCAUUCCUGCAGUGCCUGGUGUGGGUGGAAUAAUUGGAGCGCUGCCAGCCAGCCAGCUGGCAAUCAAUGGAAUUGUAGGGGCUUUAAAUGGGGUAAUUCAGACCCCAGCAACAAUAUCACAGAACCCUUCUCCUCUCACUCAUGCAACCGUGCCACCCAAUGCAACGCAUCCUCUGCCAACUACAUUAAACAACAGUGCCUCAGGACUGGGAUUACUUCCUGACCAACAGAGACAACUUCUACUCCAUCAACAGCACCAGCAAUUCCAGCAAUUACUAAGUACUCAGCAACUCACAUCGGAACAACAUCAGGCCCUUCUGUAUCAGCUAGUACAGCAGCACCAUCACCACCAACACCACCAUCAGUCUGAAGUACAGCAACUGCAGAUUACUGGAGGAGCACAGAUACCCAUAAACAACUUACUUUCAGGCACGCAGGCAUCACCACUUAAUGCAGCUUCUACCAACCCGUUCCUGACAAUUCAUGGAGAUAAUGCAGCUCAGAAGGUGACAUAUUUUCUCUUACACAGAGGCUCAAUGAUAAAACUGGACCAGUUGCAUCAGAGAAGAGUUGACAUUUGAGUGACACUUGAGAACUGCACGUCCUGCUGUGAUAGCACUUCAUCUGCCUGCAAACUGCAGUUUUCCUCUCUGCAGAUAUGAAGAAAUGCAACAAGGAACUCCUACUGCACAGCAAGAGGUUAAUAAUUUUCAUGAGGAUAUUUUUGGUAGGCUUUGAUUUGCUUUCUUGUUGCACUAAAAUUUUUCAUGUUUCAGACUGUGAAGUAGAUAGAACUCUGCGAACCACAGUUCUGUUGUCAGUACAAUGGUAGUGAGUACAAGUUAAACCACAGUAAAACGUACACUUGACUUUGCAGUACUAAUGUUAAAACGUAGAGGCGAGAGAACUGCCUGCAGGCACACAUUACCUUGAUUUCGGAGCAGGAGGGUUUCUUUGUUCUGUUUUGUUAAUUAAAAAGCUCAACAGAAGCCCAAACGUAGCGUCUCAUCUCUGCUGCAGUUGCAAUCUGUCCUUCAGACUGAGCUGGCAGUGGCAGUCUGGAUUUGCUGUUUGUUGUUUCCUUCUUCUGCACACACACACACACACACACACACACACACACACACACACAUUCAGAAAUCUGACUCUAUUCUGAACUUCUAUUCCUUUAAAUUCCUGUUGUUAUAUAGUGGGAGUUUUUCCUGAGUAAGAAUUACAGUACGGGAUCCAAAGUUAAUCCAUUUUGGUGUAGGUUUUAGAGUGCUGAGGUUUUUAAAGGAACUGGUUUGGUUCCAGAAACAAAGUUUUCUUACCAGAUGAGAAGGCCGCACUGGAAGAAUUAGGUGUAGUGUUUGGCCUGAACCAAGUGCCUGUUGCUACCUCCGCUUCGUUGGAAUGGCUGCCAACAGCUGAUGAUGCACUAGACGUGUCCUUGUGAGCAGCAGGAAGGGUCGGUGUUGCACCAGCAGCCUUGUCGUUCUGCCUUUACUCCAAGUGUUUCUACCACUGUAGAGAGCUCAGGCAGAUCGUUACCUGGGUCGCUUUUCGCUAAUAAACUACCAAAAAGGGAGCGAGGAUUUCCCACUGGAGUCUAUCAGUGGUUGAAUCGGGUGGGCUCGCGUUCAAUGGUGGCUGAUGUGAUGGCGUGACUGACUCUAUGCAGCGUGGUGUUAAAUUGGGGUGAUGACCACUAAUCAGUGCUACGGUGGGAAUUAUUAGGGGAAGAGACCCAGCUGUAUUUGACCUCCACUGUGUACUUAUUUGGAAGAACAUGUUAAUUCUGCAAUAUGUUUCUUAGUUGAACAUUGCACAGUUCUUACCUCAUUUCUGUAAAUAAAGUUUUGUGAAUCUGUUUUGUAUUGUGAAGAAUUCAUAAGAAAACAUUGAUAUUUUGAUUUGUAAUAUUUCUAAUUAGUAGAUUUAAUUGAAGAAGUAAAAAUAAUUUAUUUUUAUAUGUUCCGGGGAAUUUUUUAAAGCUGUCACAGAUCCCUUUUGUAGAUAUUUACUAAAGUCGCACCGGUGGUUUAUUUUACCCUCUCGCCCCACUGGUGAAUAUUCUGUAACAAUUUGUACAAAAGGUAAGAUGGAAAUGUGCUGUUAUUUUGACUAGAUGUAAAAUUCCAAGUGUAUGAAAAGAUAUGUACAAAGCUUUUGUUAAUAAACUUUAAUAAUGUU